CGCUAUAUUUUGGAAAACGCAACGCGGCUGCUUCGUAGUAGGCACGAAUACUCCGAGGUGAUCGGUUCGUAAGAAGAAAUCUGUCAGAUUCAGAUCGAUUUAAUUUUGUGUAUUAACAAACCAGCAACAUGAGCAGCGUGGAUGAAGAUCUGACCCCCGAGCAAAUUGCCGUGCUCCAGAAGGCAUUCAACAGCUUCGAUCAUCAAAAAACUGGCAGCAUUCCCACCGAGAUGGUUGCCGAUAUUCUGCGUUUGAUGGGUCAGCCCUUCGACAAGAAGAUCCUGGAGGAACUGAUCGAGGAGGUCGAUGAGGACAAGUCUGGCCGCUUGGAAUUCGGUGAAUUCGUGCAACUGGCUGCCAAAUUCAUUGUGGAGGAGGAUGCCGAGGCCAUGCAGAAGGAGCUGCGUGAGGCGUUCCGUUUGUAUGACAAACAGGGCAACGGUUUCAUUCCCACCACCUGCUUGAAGGAGAUCUUGAAGGAGCUCGACGAUCAGCUGACCGAACAGGAAUUGGACAUUAUGAUUGAGGAAAUCGAUAGUGACGGUUCCGGUACAGUUGAUUUCGAUGAAUUCAUGGAGAUGAUGACCGGCGAAUAAAUAAAAUAAAAUAAAAACGCAGUCCCAAGAUCCACAAACUCACACACACACAAACACUUACACAUACUCGCAAAGCUCCCACGCACACACACAUACAUAUACAAACAUAAGCAGACAUACACACCUGGCACACACACACACACAUACAGACACUCUCACACAAAUACCCACACAGCGACACGCACACAGAGACACACAUACAUGCACACUCACACACACACACCUGUUGGGCACACGUUUAUUUGUUUAUAUUUGCACAUUUGUUUCAUGUCGUAAACAAAUCCACGUAUUUAAAUUGAGAGAGAGAAACACAACAAAAAAAUAAUAGCAUUAAACAC